AUGGAUCAAUUACUGAGACAACAUCAACACCAACAUCAGCAGCAUUAUUGUUAUCACAGCUUGCAGCUACAAGAUCUACCAUGCGAAGUUCUUGAGCAAGUUUAUGACUAUUUACCAUUAUCUACAGUCAAACAAUUACGUCUAUAUCCUGACCUUGCAACUACAAUGCAGCAACAAAUUUACAAACACGCAGAAUAUUCUAUACUAAUUGAUGAUAAGGACUACAAAGAUGAGAUUGAUGAUGAUGGUGACGAAGAUUACCAUAAGGGUCAUAGGAUAAGUCAAAUACAAAACAGUGAAUACACAAGCAAAAAUGUGGCACGGUUCAAUCAUUAUAGAGUCAAUAUAACGCUAAGUGAUUUCAAAUCCCUGGUUGAUAACUUGCUACAAUAUGAACCCCUUAUAAAUGCCAUUUUCGAUCGAUCAAGACUGGUUACUGUGAAAUUGGUGGUUAUUUUACAUUAUUCAUUGAAUCGGUUUACCGAUGUCAAGGAUUGCUUGGCUAAUAUUGAUAUCAUCAGUAAAUUGUUUAAUCCAAAUGGAUGCAAUGUGUGCUCGGUUGAUUUACGGUUAAAUAAGAAGCUGUGA